AUGUCCGUACCGAAGAGCCCUAGCUGUCAUUUAGAAGACUCGCUCGCUUUGGCAACGGUGGUGUAUGCACUGGACUAUGUUUACAUAAUGGCCCUGGACGAAACGUACUCUCGACGUGGAAAACCUACAGAUAGUGACAAAGAGUCGAAUCAAUCAGAAAGUGAUACAACUGAAGAUUCUGGUACAGAGUUCGAAGCUUCAGAUAUAAACUCUGGGCUUUCGAGACAGCAACCGGAUGACGGUUUCCAAGACUUGCUAACCCACAUUUCAGAGGCUUUUCCCAUAGUUAUCAAGAAAUUGUGGUUAUUCUACGAGUUACAAGAACGCGCGAGAUUCUUUCUGAAACUCAAGAAGAGAUCUCAGGAGAAGACGUCGGCGGAGAUUUUAGGGAAACAAUUGGAAACGAGAGACAUUUUCGGAUGGACAGCCUUACACUACGCUGCAGCUUGUCGAGACUUGAAAGUUGUAGGGCGCAACAGUGUCGGCAACGCUGCCCUUUCAGACCGAAAACGCCCAGGGAACUUGUGGCUGGACAAUCUUGGGAGAGGCCCAGUACAUAUAGCCUCCUUGACGGGAAACUCGGAGUUCUUGAAGAUGUUUCUCAUAACCAUGUUAGAAGAUGACGUCCGAUCAACGCUAAAAUCGACAGGCCUGGAUGGUAUGACCCCAGUUCAUCUUGCUAUUGCGGGAGGGCAUGAGAAGUGCCUUGACGUUUUCUCCAAACUCUCAUUCUUUUUUGACUUAGAUUCCAAAGAAGAUGCCUGGAAACGGAGUCCAGUCCACCUUGCGAUUUUCCAGGGCCAAUAUUCGUGCUGCACCGCAUUACUCGAGAGCGGAAAGUUCAAGUUCAACCCAAGUGCCCUUGAUACUCUCGGCAACUCAAUCUUGCCCUACCUUGAUGAAAAGGAUGAUGAACAGAAAGAGACUGGACAUUUGUUACUCAGAAACUAUUCGGAGACAUUCCAAGAGAAGGACAAAGAAGGGAAGGACAAAUUUGCAUUACAUUAUGUGGUUGAGUCCGAGGAUUGCGAUAACGAAGUCCGUCAUGGAAUCAUUAUCGGGCUUGUUCAAGCCAUGGAAGGUGCUGACAUGAAAAGCAUUGAUGUCAAGGAAAAUCAUGGACGCACACCACCACACAUCGCUGCAGAGAAGGCAAAUAGUUCGGUAGUCUUUGACCUCCUCAACUCAGGCGCAGACCCCAAUACCAAAGACAAAGACGGUGAAAAUGCAUUGCAUCGUGCGGUGAUGAUGUGGAGCAAUGGUGAGGAAUCCGCCAAAACAAUGCUGGAAAUCACUCUAAGACUUCUCAGAAAGGCACCCGGUUGCAUGGGUGCAUGGGAUAACACGCAUGGUACACCGCUAACCUGGGCCUGUAGAUCGAGAAGCAUAAUAUACCGCAUAACCUCAGGGGGCAUUAAAGACUAA